GUGUUAAAUAAUGCAGAGAAACAGAGUAAAAUUGGAAGUGUUGAGCCGCCACCUGCUUCUGGAAAUGGUCAAUGCUCUUGACUCUGGCAAAAAGCAGAGGUCAUUCCUUACAAAAUUUCAAAGAAGUUUCGAUUCUAGAUUUAAUCCGAUGAAUCCAUUGUAGACCUGUAAAAAAAUUCAUUACAGCCGUCACUUGUUAUAAAUGAUGUAUGCUCAUUGCUCAGCAAUGGCGACUGAUUAAAGAAACCCUGACAGAGAUGGCCUGGCCAAUUAUCCGCUGAAAUUCCACGGAUCCGAUUUGUCGAUUAUGGUUGAGAGUUUGUCCACGCAUGCAUUUUUACUUGAUUUGAUAUUGAAUUUUGUGUUUUCUGUGGAAGUGAAUUGGCGUAGAGUGCAGAAAAACGCAACAUUGUGGAUAUUAGGUCAACGAAAAAUGAACAGGAGAUUCGAGGCCGGCCGUUGCAGGCACUAUUAGUCAAAAUAAUACCGAAGCCUAGAUACAAGCAAUUUCUCUCCAGUUUCUUUCAUUCACGCAAACAACGACUCUCUCAACUUUCGAUUUCUUUGCGUGCUUCCAUGGAUUUCUUAUUUAUUUAACACACAGAAGAAGAAUUCGUGCGAAGCUCAGCAAGACUUUUUUUGUGCUAUAUAAAGCAAGGAUCUGAAGGAAAAACAGAAAGGAUUUCAUUAUUUUGUGUCUGAGAUUACGAGAAAGUAUUUUCAUUGUUUUGUGCCUGAGAAAGUAUUUCAUUAUUUUGUGCCUGAGAGUUCGAGAAAGGAUUUCAUUAUUUUGUGCCUGAGAGUUCGAGAAAGGAUUUCAUUCUUUUGUGUCUGAGGAAAGAGAAAGAUAUUCAUUAUUUUGUAUCUGAGGAUACGAGGAAGGAUUUCAUUCUUUUUGUGUCUGGGAAAACGAAAAUAGAAUUUAUUCUUCUGUGUCUGAGAAACAUGCCGUUGUUGAAGCUUGUCUUAAUUGUGUUUUUCUGUGCAACAAUAUGUGAGGGUUUCUACCCUAAGAAGUUCUCUUUUCCGAAUGUUUUGCCGCCCGGAGUCCCUGUCCCGCCCUUUUUCAACACCUCUGCGGGGCCAUGGGACUGCUUUAAGAAUUUAACAGACGCUCACAGAGGUGUCCGUAUGAACGACAUGCCUACCUUGAAGCAGUAUUUUCAAAACUUCGGCUACUUGUCUGCCCCAAAUUUGACGGAUAAUUUCGACGACAAUGUCGAAACGGCCGUCAAAACGUACCAGCGGAACUUCGGCCUGAACGUGACGGGGAAAUUGGACGAGGAGACGGUGGCGCAGCUCAUGACGCCCCGCUGCGGCCGAGAAGACGUCAUCAACGGUACCUCCGUCAUGUGGAAAAAGAACGGCACAAACGGUUUCCUUCACGCCGUCAAGCAUUACACAUUUUUUCCAGGUAAUCCGCGCUGGUCCGUUCUUAAACGGAGUCUGACAUAUGCCUUCGAUCCGGACAAUGAAGUCUCGGAAAUAACAAUGGCGGACAUGAAGACAGUGAUCGGACGGUCGUUCCAGCGCUGGGCCGACGUUAUUCCCAUAACAUUCACAGAGACAGACGAUUUCAGUAACGCCGAUAUCAAGAUCGGCUACUUCAACAAAGAUCAUGGCGAUGGCGAACCCUUUGACGGUCCGCUGGGGGUUCUGGCUCAUUCCUUCUCGCCGGAAGACGGGCGCUUUCAUCUGGACGCGGCAGAGUCUUGGACCAUCGAUUUGAGCAGCGAUUCUUCUUCAACGGCAAUUGAUCUGGAAUCCAUUGCCACUCAUGAAAUCGGGCAUCUGUUAGGGUUAGGGCAUACCAGCGUUCAGGGGGCCAUUAUGUAUCCCAGUAUCGCUCCCAGGGUUCGAAGGGUCGACCUUACAGAAGAUGACGUGGCAGGAGUUCAGUAUCUUUAUGGCUCUAAUCCUAAUUAUAAUGGCUCUGCUGUUGCUACCACGCAGCAGGACACCAGUAGCGCCUCUUCCGUGAUUUCCUCCGCUUCCCCAUUUCUCCUCCUCCUCCUCUCUUUUCUUCUGCUCUGAUAUCAUCUUUAUUGACUUUGAUUUUCCCCAGCCCUCUGUAUUUUGGGGUUACCUUGUUUGUUUUCAUUUAGCAUUAGAUUUGUACCAUUUUUACAUACACAUACUUUGUUCUUUAUAUCAUUCAAUUCAUUGAUUGGAUUCCAAAAGAGCAUGAAUUUUUUUAUUUGAA